AUGUCGCGCAACGUGAGGGACUCAAUCACACCAGGUGAUAUGCCUGCGAAACCAUCACCUUUCAGGCUGACGAUCCACCCCCCUCGCGCCAGUGAUCACAGCCAGCAAAGCACCGCGCCCACUCUCGGCUUCGGAAUCGAUCCAUAUGACCAGGCACAAGCAGAUGAGCAGCCAGAAGAGGAUGAGGAGCUGCCUAUCGCGCAGCCGGCGGCAGUUAGGAGGAGUCGCUCCGGUCGUGAGAUCAAGGCAACGAAGAAACAUGACUUCGCCUAUGGAAGCGACACCUUCAUCCCUAGUUCCGUCGGUAAAGAGGAUGACGAGGACGGCGGAGAUGACUACCAAGGAGCACCGGGCCCUUCACCGAUGCUCCUAUCGAAACGCGGACCCGGUCGUCCACGCAAGGACGACUCAGUUCAGCCUUCGAAUGGAUCAUCUAAGAGGAAGUCAAAUGGUCCAUUGGCGCGCAAAUCGAAGAACAAGGCCAUUGAACAAAUACCUCAGGCCCCCAUAGUACCACAAGACAAUUGGCCUAUCGAUACCCAGUCCCGCGAACCUCGCUCGCCUCCGAAAGUUGACAAACAGCUGGAAGAGUGCGUCGACCAAAUCAUGAGCGAAAUCGGGCUCGAUCUCGAGAUAGCCGUCGAGCUCCCUAAAAUGAACCCUGGCGGUGUCGAAGUAGCCUACACAGCUACACUGCUCAUGCGCAUUUACAUCCGCGCCCACACCAAGGGCAACUGGGAUGUCUGCGAUCUCGUGGCCGACACCUGGAUCCGCGCAUUCCAUGCCAAGCGCCGCCGACAAGAGCAGUUCAAUCAGUUCGACGCGCUGUGCUGGCGCUACAACGAGGCGCUGUGCAAUCGCCGCAAAGCAGGAUUGAAAGACUAUGACCAGAACGCCCCUAAUUUCAGCCGCGUGUUGAAAGAAAAUGACCCGCUGCUCGACAUGGACGUUACGGACUUCAACCCAGGACUCCUCGCUCAGUUGUACACCGAAGCCGUAGGUCCCUGCGCAGCACGCAACCUCUGGGCAGAUACAAUGGCGCUGUGUGGUAACAAGCUCGAGAACCGCAUGCAGAUUGACAAGCGUCGUGGUGUGCAGUGGAAUCCAAAACUCAUCUACGAUGUUAUGUGCACUACGCUGCGCAUGACACGCCGCAAGCUCACUUUGAAGAUCGAGGAGGCUACUGAGGGUGCGUGGUGUAAGCGAUAUCAUAUGCAUGCUUUGCAUAGCACGCCGUGCUACCGCAAGAUUGCGUAUGAUCGAAAGGUGGCGGGCGAGGAAAGCAGCGAUGAAGACGAGUCGGUUAUGGGCGAUGCCAUGAACGACGAUGCUGAAGGUGAGUCUGACGAUAAGCAUACGGGCGCUUAG